UAUGAUCUCACUUUAUGCUUCAUCAAAAUCAACACAUACAAAACAUAUCCCUCCCAAAGAAGACCUAAGGCAAGCCCAAGCUUGUCUCUCCCCACACCAACAACACACAACAACAAAUCUCACCAUACUCAAAACACUAUUUCUUUGAUUCUUUUGAUCCAUACUUAGAGAGAUUCUUUAUUUCUUCUUCUAAACUCUAUAACCAACCAAGCAAUCGAGAUGGCGCGGAUAUCGUCAGACCCGCUUAUGGUCGGGAGAGUGAUCGGAGAUGUCGUAGACAAUUGUUUGCAGGCAGUGAAAAUGACAGUGACUUAUAACUCUGACAAGCAAGUCUACAAUGGCCAUGAACUUUUCCCUUCUGUUGUUACAAACAAACCUAAGGUUGAAGUUCAUGGUGGUGACAUGAGAUCAUUCUUCACUUUGGUCAUGACUGAUCCUGAUGUUCCUGGACCUAGUGAUCCUUAUCUGAGAGAGCACUUGCACUGGAUUGUUACUGAUAUCCCUGGGACGACUGAUGUAUCAUUUGGAAAAGAGAGGAUCGGGUACGAGAUGCCUAGGCCAAACAUAGGGAUACAUCGCUUUGUGUAUCUAUUGUUCAAGCAGAACCGUAGAGGAAGUGUUGUGUCUGUGCCAUCGUACAGAGACCAGUUCAGCACUCGAGAGUUCGCGCAUGCGAACGAUCUUGGCCUCCCCGUCGCGGCUGUUUUCUUUAACUGUCAGCGUGAGACCGCCGCUAGACGCCGUUGAUGAAUGAUGACUUGCACCAGUACUUGCCGUAACUAAUUCUGGCUGGACAAUGUGUGUGUUGUUACAUGCAUUAUUCUAUAUUUUAGUUACGGGAAACAGCUUUCUCUAUCGUAUUUUAUAUGUGUAUUUGUUAUGAACUAUUUGUGAUAUUGAAUAAACUUGGCUUAUAAUUUA